UAGAAGCUUGCAGUCGUGCAGUGCACAGGCACUUCUUUCCAGAAGGCAGAGAGCAAUGCUCAGUCUACUGACAGACGGGCCAGCAGACCGACAAGAAGUCAGGACAUAUUCUCAUAGCACCAACACACGGUAACGCCACCAGUGGGUCUUCUGAAGCCCACUUUCACUCUCCUGCGUGUUAUUGCCCCUGUAUGCAUGUUCAACCUUGUCUACUGCUGCCAGUGAAGACCUGCAGAUGCACUCAACCACAGGCUUACUUCUCAACCCUGCAUCUGUCUCAACACUCACACCAGCACUGUACCCGCGGGAAGAGGAUACACAUGUUUUAUUGACAGAGCUACAGGUGGUUUGAGUUUGAGCCUCUUGUGGACUUGGAGGGUUUUUUGUUUUUUUUUCCUGUGUGGUGAGCUGUGGCAUCUUUGGAGCCGGUAUGUUGCAUAUUGUUGUGGCAUGUUUGGUAUUCGUCCUGCUGGGCUCGGGGCAGGCUCAGGUUGCCACACAGACUCAGGGGCAGGGGAGUCGCAGCCAGGGGCAGGACAGCGCUGCCACUCCAUGGAGGCAGGUGAUUCAGUGGGAGAACAAUGGUCGGGUGUUUAGCCUGAUGAACAGUGGAGCUGAAUAUGUCCCUGCUGGGACAGGAACCCAGGACAGAGGUCCCAGGGUGGUUGUGGCAGAUUCUCGCCCACGCUCCUCAGGCAGACCUCAGGGGGGCAAUGUCCGCCGACAGGCUCCAUCAAGAGGAUCCUCUGAGACAGUCCGCGGGCAGGCAAGGCAUCCCUUUGGCUUUGGGCAAGUGCCUGACAAUUGGAGACAAAGCACAGGCAGCACAGGUGGAGGCCAGUUCCAGGGAUCCUCUAGCACUCGCUUCAGGCAAUCUGCAGGGUCUUCAUCUUCAUCAUCAUCAUCAUCUUUCUCUUCAUCCUCUUAUAAUGUACCGUCAUACCCACAGUACCCUCUUCCUCAACAGUCGCCCUUCCAACCAGUACCUUACGACCCUAGUUACGUAGAGGGACCAGCCAGGAGCUAUGAGCCUCCCUUUCAGCCUGCUGUCGGUGGGGGAUAUGGCGGUGGAGGAUACAGUGCUGGCCGGGCUUUUACUGGAGGGGGGUAUGUAGGUGGUGGUCUGGCCCCAGUGCUCCCAGGCUCGCCCUCUGAUUUUACUGACGACAGCUACCGCUACUACCAAUCUUACAGCUACGGGUCCAAUCCUGCGGUGCCUGCACGUGCUGCCCAACCACCAUUUGCAGAUGGUCUGGACCACAGAUACACCCACAGUCUCUACAACGAGGACACUGCCCCUGCACUCCCUGCUAUCCCUGCCCCCGAUGCCAACCAGGCCACAACCAUGAUAGUGGACAGGACAGGACCAGCUGGUCAACAACCAAUCAGGAGCCCUCAGUAUGAGCAGUUUCCCCCAUUUGGAAGACCCCAGCCUCCUUUCAUGCAGCCCAUUGCUCCAGGCAGAAAUUCUCCCAACUCUGCCCUGGAGAACCCCAGUAUGAACGUUGGGAGUGUGUACCGACCAGAGCAGAGAGGUUUGCCUGACCUGGUUCCUGAUCCCAAUUAUGUCCAGGCUUCCACCUACAUCCAGAGAGCCCACAUGUAUUCUCUCCGAUGCGCUGCAGAGGAAAAAUGUCUGUCAAGCUCUGCCUAUAGCCCUGAGGCCACCGACUAUGAUGUACGGGUCCUGCUGCGUUUCCCACAGAGGGUGAAGAACAAGGGCACUGCCGACUUCAUGCCUAACAGGCCACGUCAUACCUGGGAGUGGCAUAGCUGUCAUCAGCACUACCACAGUAUGGACGAGUUCAGCCAUUAUGAUUUGCUGGAAGUCAGCACUGGCCGUAAAGUGGCAGAGGGUCACAAGGCUAGCUUCUGUCUGGAGGACACCACCUGUGACUUUGGUCACUUGAAGCGCUACGCCUGCACUGCUCACACUCAGGUCUGAGCCCUUGGCUGCUAUGAUACAUACAAUGCUGAUAUUGACUGCCAAUGGAUCGAUAUCACGGACAUCCAACCUGGAAACUACAUACUGAAGCUCCAGGUUAAUCCCAAAUUCUUGGUGCUGGAAUCAGACUUCACCAACAAUGUGGUCAGGUGUAACAUUCACUAUACAGGACGCUUUGUUAGAACAACUAACUGCAAAAUAGCACAGUAA